GAUGUUAAGUUAGAGUAUCCACCACUGGACCAAAUUCUUUCAAGAGAAGCCAACGACAAUCCUUACACAAAUGUUCAAACAAAUCCUUCAGAUAACGUAGACCAUUACCUUCUUCAGUUAUACCAAACAAUUUUACUCAAAGACGAUAAGAAGCUUUUGACAAAUCUUAUAAGUAAGAACCAAAUAAUUCUAACAAAGGAGGACCUUGAAAAUGUUAUCUCACGAAUAACAGGGAAACAAUGUGUCAUUGACUAUCUCGACCCUGAAAUCGAAUGCUGUGGUCAAACUCCACUAUUCAUGAAAAUAGGUAACAUCCGCAUCAUUGAAACACCAGGAACUACAGGAGUUGAGUUUAAGUAUAAAUAUUCGAAUGAAUAUACAAAACUUUCAACAGAAUAUAAACUUUGUUUGAAAUAUGUUUUAGUAAAUUAA